CGGGCCCGCGCGCUGAGCCGCCGGCAGCCGGGGCGCGGGGGGCGCGGGGGGCGCGGGGGUCCCGCGGCCAUGAGCCCCGCUCCCAGGGGCGCGCCGCCGCACCCUUGCCCGCCCGCGGGGACCCGAGAGGCUGGAAGGCGCUCCCAAAGUCUGCGGUACUGAAGAGCAAACGUCCGGGAUUAUUAUGUCUAUUUUCCAUGGACCCGGGUUCGCUGAAGCGAAUAGAAGAAAAACUUGGCUGCUCCCGGGACCCGCAGGCCGUUGAGACUCCUAGGGUUGCCCGGAUCGCCUCCUCGGGUGUUUUGAAGCUGUCUGGUGUUUGGCGCCCUACAUUUUAAAAAAGAAAAUAUCGUCUGCUCGCCCGCCGCCCGGAUCUUUUCCUACCAUCCAUAAACUGAAGCAAAGACUCUGAUCUCUUCAUUCAAAAUAUGCUUUCUAUUUGGGCCACAUAAUGAUAUGUGAUUAAAAAAAAAAGUUCAAUUCUGGGUUUGGAUGAAUCUGUGGAGUGUGUAUUGCAAGAGGAAAGGGGGAACGAGACACAAUGAAAGAGAAGUCCAAAAAUGCUGCCCGGACUAGGAGGGAGAAAGAAAACAGUGAAUUUUAUGAACUGGCCAAGUUACUGCCUCUGCCCUCAGCUAUCACUUCGCAGCUGGACAAGGCGUCCAUAAUCAGGCUCACCACCAGCUAUCUGAAAAUGAGAGUGGUGUUCCCAGAAGGGCUCGGGGAAGCGUGGGGCCACUCGAGUCGAACUAGCCCCCUGGACAACGUUGGCAGAGAACUGGGAUCCCAUCUGCUCCAGACCCUGGACGGCUUCAUCUUUGUGGUGGCCCCAGAUGGGAAGAUCAUGUAUAUCUCAGAAACAGCUUCGGUCCACCUGGGGCUUUCCCAGGUAGAACUGACUGGGAAUAGCAUUUAUGAAUACAUCCAUCCUGCAGACCACGACGAGAUGACUGCAGUGCUCACGGCCCAUCAGCCCUACCACUCGCACUUCGUACAGGAGUAUGAGAUUGAGCGUUCGUUCUUCUUGAGGAUGAAGUGCGUCUUAGCUAAGAGGAAUGCAGGCCUCACUUGUGGAGGCUACAAGGUCAUUCACUGUAGCGGUUACUUGAAGAUCCGCCAGUACAGCCUGGACAUGUCCCCUUUCGACGGCUGCUACCAGAACGUGGGCUUGGUGGCCGUGGGCCACUCGCUGCCCCCCAGCGCCGUCACGGAGAUCAAGCUGCACAGCAACAUGUUCAUGUUCCGGGCCAGCCUGGACAUGAAGCUCAUCUUCCUGGACUCCAGAGUGGCAGAGCUGACGGGCUACGAGCCCCAGGACCUGAUCGAGAAGACCUUGUACCACCACGUGCAUGGCUGCGACACUUUCCACCUGCGCUGCGCUCACCACCUGCUGCUGGUGAAGGGCCAGGUGACCACCAAGUACUACAGGUUCCUGGCUAAGCACGGAGGCUGGGUGUGGAUGCAGAGCUACGCCACCAUCGUGCACAACAGCCGCUCCUCCCGGCCACACUGCAUAGUCAGCGUUAACUACGUGCUCACGGACACAGAAUACAAAGGGCUGCAGCUCUCCCUGGAUCAGAUCUCAGCCUCCAAACCAGCCUUUCCCUAUGCCGGCAGUUCUACCCCGACCAUGACUGACAGCAGGAAGAGCGCCAAGUCCCGCCUCUCCAGCUCUAAGUCGAAAUCCAGGACAUCCCCUUACCCGCAGUAUUCAGGAUUUCACACAGAAAGGUCUGAGUCUGAUCACGACAGCCAGUGGGGUGGAAGUCCUCUGACAGACACAGCUUCUCCGCAGCUCCUGGACCCCACGGACCGGCCGGGCUCUCAGCAUGACGCGUCCUGCGCCUACAGACAGUUCUCGGACAGGGGCUCGCUCUGCUAUGGCUUCACGCUGGACCACUCCAGACUGGUGGAGGAGAGGCACUUCCACACACAGGCCUGUGAGGGAGGCCGCUGUGAGGCGGGCAGGUACUUCCUGGGCACGCCCCAGGCUGGUAGGGAGCCCUGGUGGGGCUCUAGAGCAGCUUUGCCCCUGACCAAGGCCUCUCCAGAGAGCAGAGAAGCCUAUGAGAACAGCAUGCCUCACAUCGCCUCAGCCCACAGGAUCCAUGGACGAGGUCACUGGGAUGAAGACAGUAUGGUCAGUUCUCCAGAUCCUGGGUCAGCCAGUGAAUCAGGUGAGCGCUACCGCGCUGAACAGUAUCAGAGCAGCCCACACGAACCCAGCAAAAUCGAAACUCUGAUAAGAGCCACCCAGCAGAUGAUUAAAGAAGAAGAGAACAGACUGCAGCUAAGGAAAACCCCUUCAGAUCAACUGGCUUCCCUUAACGGAACCGGGAAAAAGCACUCCCUCUGCUUUGCAAACUACCAGCAGCCCCCACCCACAGGUGACGUCUGCCAUGGCUCUGGUCUUGCCAGCAGUUCUCCGUGUGAGCACGUCCAGCAGAGGGAAGGGAAGGUGCUGAGUCCCCACGAAAAUGACUAUGACAACAGCCCAGCUGCACUGUCUCGGUUAAGCAGCCCCAAUUCGGAUCGCAUUUCCAAGUCAAGUUUGAUCAUCGCUAAAGACUAUCUGCAUUCAGAUAUGUCUCCUCACCAGACAGCCGGAGAUCCCCCCCUUGUCUCCUCAAACUGCUUUGGCGCUCACCGGCAGUAUUUUGAUAAGCAUGCCUACACGUUAACCGGGUAUGCCCUGGAACAUUUAUAUGACAGUGACACCAUCAGAAACUAUUCUUUGGGCUGCAACGGCUCACACUUUGAUGUGGCUUCCCAUCUGAGGGUGCAGCCGGACCCGGCACAAGGACACAAAGGCACAUCUGUGAUCAUAACCAAUGGAAGCUGAUGGAGGGUUUUUGCUCGUUUUUUUGUUUUCUUUUUUCUAAGAGUAGUUUGUCCUGUAAGGAUUGUUGAAGCAUUUUAUCGGUUGGGUCCUCAUUACCAGUGUUACUCUGCCACAGAUUGCUAGAGGGGGUUCUUUUCAGUUACUGGGGAUUUGACAUGUGUUCCUUGAAAGGCCAAGAAAAGCCACGCUAGCAUUCAGGGUGAUACACAGAUCAUGACCGUAAAGUCCGUCUGAAAACCGUCCCUCUAACUUGUCGACGGAACCCGGAGAGGCAUUUUUUUUUUUAAUUGAAAGCUUCCUGUGUAGAUCAGAUCAACGCGUACACCACACAGAGGGACUGGCGUUGUGAUGGUCCAGGGCACUUCACACACACACACACACACACACACACACACACACACACACACACACACACACACACACACGUGAUUUACAAGCUGCUGUGCAUAGUUUAUAGGCAGGAACAGAAACUGCACGCCGUGAAAGCACCGCCAGUAAGCACCUCCCCUUAGCUCUACCGCAUUCUCAUUGUUUUUCCCAUUCCCAAAAUCACUAAGGAAGAGAGACAGACAUAGAUAUUGUCAACUGGUUUCUUCUUUGUGGUGUCAACCAGCCAGCUUAUUUGGCCCAGGCAUACUUUAGGGACAUGGCUCUGGAUACAGUCCAGGAAUGGGUCUUCUCCUGCUACCCAUUAUAAGUCAUUACUUUUGAGUGAGAUAAGGACCAGAAUCACACUGACACAGCCUUUAGGGUUUUCCCAAGUAAAAGCUUGAGCGAGAAGUUAGGGACACCUACCUAUCAAACAGCUGAUGGGCUCCAUUGGAAAUAGGUCAGCGGGGAUGGGAAGGCUAGAGGCAGAAUGAAAUAAAUUGGUAUCUCAAGGCAGACAAUUUAAUGUUCAGCUAUGGAGCCAACAUACUUGGGGAUGAUGAGAAAAAAAAUGAAGAUAACUUACAAAGAAAAGAAGUGCUAUGUGUAAGAAAUAACUAAGGAAAAUCGGUGAAUUCAGGGCUACACGACAGCAGUGUGUUUGACAAUAUUUCAAAGCGCGCAUGUACAGAUGUGACAGCUGGGGAGCCUCGGAUGGUCGAAUAGAAAAGCUUAGGCUGCUUGACAAGUGGAUAAAGGGUAGGAGUGUGUUCUGCUGAAAGGAAUGGAGAAAAACAGUUUCCUUUAUUGUUUGCAAACGAGAAACUUCAUCUUCAGUUCCUGUAACAUAGACAGACCGUCAAACUAGAUGCCAAGGUCUCUGGGUUCCAGUUCCGACUCUGUGAUUUGUUUUGGGGAGGUAGAGGUUCCUAGCAUCAGACCUGGCACCCAGCUUCUCUUUUCCUGUGGCAUUUCCCCUGCCCCAUCAUCUCUGCUUCCUUGAUGCAGCAGAACUGCGCUUGUUGGCAAGUUGACUCUGCUUUGAGUCGUCGAGACCAGUCAUUCUUUCCUACACUUGUACAAAGGUCCAGGGGCUUUGAAAUUUCGACAGGUACAUGGGAGCUUUAGGCACAGAUAGCUGUAGCCAGCUUUCUUUUUUUAUUUUUAAAAAUGGUUCUGAAGUUUCUUUUUAAACAUUUAAAAAAAAAUCUUUAUUUAUUGAUUGGAUAGAGACAGCCAGAAAUUGAGAAGGAAGGGGGAGAUAGGGAAAGAGACAGAGAGACACUUGUAGCCCUGCUUCACCACUUGUGAAGCUUUCCCCUCUGCAGGUGGGGACUGGGGCUCAAACCUGGGUCCCUGUAGGUUACAACAUGUGCGCUCAACCAGGUGUGCCAUUACCCAGCCUCCCAGACAACUUUCUAGAUUCAGCCAAACUAUAGUUAGUGGAAACUGAAGAGGGAGACAAAAAAGUAAGCUCUGUUUACUUCCUGCAUGGUUCUCUAGUAGUUAAAGCAGCUAAAAUGCUCAGAGCAGGUUCAGUAUUUUUUUCUUUUUUUUACGAGUUCCAUACCUUGAAACUCUUGCCAUACUCAAGGAAGAACAUGACUUAAUUUUGAAGACAGGACAUUAUGUUGAACACUCAGGGAUCAGAACUGUAUUUUUCAUCAUUUAAACAGUUAUCUAGCAGUCCAUAGGAAGAUGACAAUCUGUAUCAUUAUAAUCUGAGAGGUGAAUACUAGACUGUGGAGAGAAAACAGGCCACAUAACACAAUAUACAUGUAUCACGUAUGACAGAACAGUAUUUGUGCUACAAGUGGAGAAAGUACAAGAAGUGAUAGUAAGGCAGUGUCACAAAGACUUUCAAAAAGUUCAAAGUAUAUAGGAACAGAAAUUUAACGCAAAAUGUUUGGUAAGUUUGAGAAAAAUAUUCAUGAGGACUCACUGGAGUGCUUAAAGUGAUCAGUCUGCAACAUGCAAGUUUUAGGAAUGCUCUAGGCUCUGCAGAGUUCUGUAGAUUACAAAUGAUUCAAAAAUGUAGAUUGAUGAAGAGGAAACUGUGAAAACCACUGUGCCAGUGGUUAUACGGACAGGUAGAUAUGCACCGUACUGAGAACGUCUGGGAUAGAUACUUGAAAGAAAUAGAAUCUGAACCUACGAAAGGAAGCUGAUUAGACAUUUUUAUAUAAAAUUCAGUGGAAUUGUCAUAUAAAAGACAGCAAACUGGAGAAAGAGAUUAAUGAGCUCUAAGACAGGUGGCAAUCAGAAGGAAGGAUGCGCUUUCAAAUGGUAUGGCCAGGGUUUUUAAAUUAAGACAGAAGCGAAUCCUAUCUUGAUUAGAAAAAAAACAAAAACAACUUUGGUGUUAUCAACCCAGUUUUAAAUACAGGACUGUUGACUUUGCUGAAUGUUAUUAAUUUAGUUGUAGCACCUCUGUUACAUUACUCGCAUCCCUUUAGACCAGUAGUGUUAUACAACUAACAUUUUUUGGCAAGGCAGUGUGGUUCUUAAGGAGCCCCCCCCCCCCCCCCCCGUAAGUUCAGAUUGUUGAUAACCGGCUGUUAUCUAGGUGCACACAAAGAUGUCCUCAGGGCAUUUACCAUCUACAUUUAUUUAUUUAUUUCUUCCUGUGCAGGAGCAUACGUCCUUAUACUGAAAAUGUCACCUGCAUUAAAAAAAAAGGAUAUGAAAUAAAAAAAAUAUGUCCUUAAUAGCCUCAUAAGCUAAAAGUAGACGUGCAUUGACUGACCUUAGUUUUCAUUUGGCAAGUGUUGAAGAUCGUGAAUACUUGAUUGGCAUAGAAAAAUAUGACUUUGACGUGAAUUUUAUGAAUUGGAGAUUCAGAGAGGGGCUCAAUGAAGUUACUCGUAUGAUCUGAAGCUACUCACAAGACGAUACAAAAAGCACGUGUGUUUGGGCAAUAAUGUCACUGUUGCCCAUUGCAUUUGCUUGCCCGACCGAAUUGAAACAUUCAGAUGACCAAAGAAAUGAGUAUUUUUCUUAAUUUUCCUUGGGCAAAUGAUUGUUAAGAACAUGAAGAACUGAAGUAUUAUUUUGGAUAUAUCAUACUGGUACAACCAGCACAACUCAGUUGCUCAUUUGGUUGAGUAUUAGUUCCACACGGCCUUUGGCCUACCAUCUCGAAUACAGUGAAGUAGCUUUUCUCAUCUGUACGUUACCUGACACAAGAGAUAUGGCACAGUAUUGAUAUGAUAUUCAGAAUGAGGCAGGUUGUAACAAAUGAUUUGCCUUCAGUGUUCAUACAGAAGGUACCACUUACUCUUUCUUGAUUGUGUUUCAUAGAACUAGAAUAUCUCCAUUGGGUAUUGUUCCUAAUUCUCUUUACACCCUGCUGCCGAAUGCUGCCCCUGGGCAGAGGAUUCCACUUAAAAUAAGCUUUAACAAGAUCUUCAAGAAAAGAAUAACACACUCCAUUUUCUUUUCUCUUUUUUAAUGGGGAAUGAGGGUCAAUUCAAUAAAAGAUCAUUUGGAAAAUAUGCACUGAUAUUUUAAUAUAAAUUUAAGACUUUCCCCGAAAGACCUAGACCAAAUACAUCUGAUAAGAAAAUUCUACAGCUAAAGAGAAUUCUGAAUGCACAUAUAUUUUGUAGCUAUUUCCCCGCCCCCCUUUGUCUCUCUCCAAGCACAGGGUGUUACUAAGAUAUUCAGUGCUGAUAUUUGGAAAACAAAAGGUUUGUCACUGGAGUCACUGGCCUGGCCUAGUGGAAGAACUGCCACCUUAUUUGAUUCUGAAUGCCCCGAUUUGGCACCUACUUGACUCAACUCAGAUAUAUACAUUCUCCUUUUUUUUUUUGAAUGGCUUGAUAAAAAUGCAAACCUAUGGUUCUCACAACAAGUAAUUCAAUUCACCUAGAAAUGUUAGGUUUUGUGAAAAAGAAUUCGACUCGAAAAUAAUAAGCCCGGCUGCCUGGUUCUUACUGAGAAAUGGAGGAGAGCUAAAAUAGGUGUUGGCAUUCUAAACUUUAAGUCAAAACCAGAAGAGCUAUGGACACCUGUGAAAGGUAGCUUCCAUAGACGAUGUUCUUGGGGGAAAUGCCUUUGUUGUACUCAUUUCUUGUGUGUAAGAGUUGUGCGGAUAGUGCUUAAUUCAAAAGGUAAGACUGUACUAAUAUCCAAACAGGGUGUAUUCAGAGUUUCUUCUCUAAAACUGUCUGCAGAAGGGUUGGAUAAUACACGUAUAUAUGUCCACAUAUAUACUUGUGUGUGUGUGUGUGUGUAUAUAUGUGCCCAUAUACACAUGAUUCUAAUGCAAAUAACAAGAUUCUUUUCUGCUAAGCUCCUGAAAAAUAAUGAUUGACACAGGAAAUGUUCAUUAAUAAUUUUAAAGCGAGCAUCAAGCGUUUUAUUUAUUUCAAUUUUGCUGCAUGGGAAAUUUGCUUUUAUAAACUUAUCUAGUGGAGAGUUUGUUCUAAUGUGCUGAUCUGGAACAAAUUUAAUCACCAUUAAACUUACACCCAAGAAGCCUAGUUUGUUUACAUUUCCAAGGGAAUGGAACUGGUGUGGAAUUUUUUAUUUUUAGAAGUACUGUAACUUUUUUUCCAAAGGGAAACAUUUCAGAAAAUGAGACAGAUGAGUAGGCACUUCAAAAAAGAUAAACUAUUUUGUGUUUUUUUUGACUGACACGGUAUAAAAAGGAUUAUAUUUGUGAAAGAAGAUACUGAUUGCUAAUAUUUCAUAUACCAUCUUACAAUGUAUAGUUUUUAGUGACAUCAUAGUAUGAACCUGUAAGUUGAACUUUUUCUUUGGAAUGUAAAGUAGGAAAAUAUUAGCUCUGUCAAUGAUAUCUUGCAAAGUGUUCCCAUUUAUAAUUAUUUAUAUUGUAAAUAGCGUUCUGAAGUAAACUCGAAGUUAAUGUGCAUAAAAUGUAUUUAUUAUGUGAGGAUUUUUUUGGUUUGAAAUAUAGCUACCAAUAUGCA